GCUGAGUGCUACAUACAACAAUAGUUGUCUUUGUACACUCGUAACAUGUCACCCAAAGGUUGGACUUUCCUCGUAAUAUUAUUUAGCUUUGGUUCAUGUAAAUCAAUACGACCCGUAUGCAAAACAGAUGACUGUAAGAAAACUGCCGAUAGAAUCCUGAACUACAUGGAUCCGUCUGUUAGGCCCUGCGAUGACUUCUACAAAUUUACUUGCGGGAAAUUCUUGGAAUCUGCAGAAAUCCGAGAUGAUAUGACACAAAACUCUUCGUUUAGCCAAGUUAAUGAUAUACUGGAAGAUCAGUUGAAGGCUAUAGUUUUCGAAGAAUCAAGACCUGAUGAACCUUACCCAUACCAGACAAUGAAACAUUUGUUUGACCUCUGUUUAGAUGAAGACAAGAUAGAUGCCAGAGGAGUAAGUCCAGCGGUCUCCAGGCUGGCAGUUGCUGGAGGCUGGCCGGUACUGGGAAACUGGAGCGAGUUUGGCUGGAGCUUUCUGGACACUGAAAUACGACUGAGAAACCUCUCUAUCGGUGGCGGAAGUCUCUUCCAGAUAUCCGUAUCCAUUGAUGCCAAGAAUACCAGCAAACCUGUCAUCAAGAUUGACCAGGCCGGCUUGGGACUGUCACGGGAGUUUCUAGUCAAGGGACUGAGCGACCCCAUAGUCCAGGAGUACUACAGUUACAUGGUGGACAUAGCGGAGAUGUACGGGGCAGAUAGGCGACUGGCACAAGUGAAACUCAACGAGAGUUUGAUGUUCGAGAUAGAGCUAGCAAAGAUAACAGUACCUCGAGAACAAAGGCGGGACUUUGAACGCAUGUAUAAUCCCUACGGGCUGGAAGAUCUGAUGGCAGAGUUUGGCUGGGUCAACUGGACAGCACUUCUGGAAAGCAUGCUGCCAGCGUCAGUGCAGCUCAGAAAAAACGAGCUGAUUAUCGUCAGCGAAAUGGAGUUCCUCAAGAAGCUUGAGGUGUUCCUACAGAAGUACUCCGAUGAAGUGAUUGCCAACUACAUGAUGUGGCAAGCAGCUAGUAGUAUGACGGAAAUUCUUACCACCCAGAUGAGGAAUAGAGAUAUGGAAUAUAGCCGAGCGACUGUAGGAAUAGCUGCGCGAGAGCCACGGUGGAAGGAGUGUAUCGGAGUCGCUUCAAGCCUUUCACUGGCUCUUUCUUCGCUCUACGUUGAGAGAUACUUUGAUGAGACCUCCAAAAAGGCAGCUCUGAAUAUGACCAAUAUGAUACGUGAAGAAAUCGUCCGUAACAUUCAAGAACUGGACUGGAUGGAUGAAGAAACCAAAAAACGAGCGGUGUACAAGGCGUCUCAAGUUGUUCAACAUAUUGGUUAUCCUGAUGAGCUAAAUGAUAUGGACAAAAUUGAAGAAUACUAUAAACGGCUGGACAUUGACAAAGACCAGUACUUCGAGGCAUUCAUCGAUCUGUCUCGUUGGGAGAACGACUACACGUUCCGCCAACUUCGAGAGGAGGUAAACAGGACAGACUGGAGGUCGCACGGUACUGUCACUAUGGUAAACGCCUUCUAUAACCCUAUGGAGAACUCAAUGCAAUUUCCAGCUGGAAUUCUCCAGCAGCCGUUCUUCAGCGCUCGGGUUCCUCAGUAUGUGAACUACGCUACGAUAGGGUUUGUUAUCGGUCACGAGUUUACGCAUGGCUUUGAUGAUAAGGGCAGCCAGUUUGAUUACAAGGGUGACCUUAACGAAUGGUGGGGGAAGGAAAGUAAGGAUAAUUUCAAUAAGAAGAAGAUGUGUAUAAUAGACCAAUACGCCAGCUACAAAGACAGUCAGACUCAAUUAAACCUGAACGGCAUCAACACACAGGGAGAAAACGUGGCGGACAACGGUGGAUUCAAGUUGGCCUAUCAUGCGUACCAUCGGAUGGCAAAUCAACUGGUGGAACCGGAACCAGGGUUGCCAAACUUGGAACAAUACAGCAACGAUCAGCUGUUUAUGAUCAGUACUGCCAACCUAUGGUGCACGCGGUAUCGCCCUGAGGCUCUCAGACUGCGGAUCACUACAGACGAACAUUCGCCCGGCAGAGUUUAGAGUUAACGGAGUCAUGAAGAACUUCCCGGAGUUUAGUAAGGUGUUCCAGUGUGGCCCUGGGGAUGCUAUGAAUCCGGAGAAUAAGUGUGCUGUUUGGUAAUCCCAGUAAAGAUUGCUGGGAUUAUUGAUAACUGUGUUUCAAAAUGAAUUAAUUUCUAAUAGUUUGCUUUGUAAUAUGGAUUUUUGUCAUGUAGGUUUGCAAAUAAUUAGGAAAUUGAAUCUUAAUUAGGGAGUAGUAAAAGUAGAUUGUAACAUUAAAUCUGUAAUAUUGUUAGAAUAUUGUUAAAUAACUAGAUUUAAACAUGAAGAGUGGCAAAAAGUGGUUUUAGGAUUGAAUGAAUGAAUAUGAAUGAAAAAUGCCUUUAUUAAAGAGGCGGAGUUAGGGCUAUUAAGCCCUCUCUGCCACUCCACCACCACGUUACGGUAGGAUUGUACCGUUAUUUAGUUGUAUUGUAUAAAAUACAUAUUUUCCCAACCCUGUUACUCAUUAGUGGUUAAUAUAAGUUACAUCCGAUGUUCUUGGAACUAAAUUCUUGGUGGAUUAAUAACCUAAUUGGCACGCGUUUUAACUUUGUCUCUUGUUAACUUUGCAGCUUGCCAUUCCUGCUGCCAAGCAACAUGUCGUGUGCCAUGUCCGUAGGUAAAAUUUAUAUUUUCGUAUUAUAAAUUAGCCCUUUCAAGCGAGACAUCUAAUUUGGCAUGUUUAAAAGUAAAGUUAUAAAUAGUAAAGUAACUUACUUUUGUUGCUGUUUUAUUUAGAAGAUUAAUAUGGAUAAUAGAGUGGUGAUGUCCUUCUGACGAGACCACGUUGUCAUGAAUCUUAAAUUGUCUCGAUACAUGGCUAAUACGUCGUGAUUUUGUUGUAGGCGAGUUCAACCGAGUCUCUAAUUUCAACUUCGAGUCUCUGAUUACAACUUCGAGUGCUUUUAGAAUUGUAGUUUAAUAAUCUUCACUUUUUCCGACUGCAGGGGCAAUGUCGAGCCAAGAUGCUGACGUCCGCGCUUGUGAGUCCACAUCUACGUGAAGGGAAGCCAAUUUUAAAGUUUUGAAUAAUAAACCAUUUAAUAUAAUAAUGAACAAUGAAUCAUUUAGUUCAUUAUCACUCUAUUUGGCAGCAACGUGGAAAUAUGUUAUUUUAUUUUUAAUAUCUAGAAAUGGUGUUUUUAUGUUUAUUUGCCACCAUUAAACAUAUAAAUAAACUUUACAAUUCGAGUAUUUAUUACUAAGACCUCAGCGGUAUCCAUCCCCAUGGGUUUCGUCCAUACGGUACAGGAUAAAUGGAAAAGGUUUCUAAAUAUACUAUGUUGUUCUACGGAGCAAAUAUACAAUGAAUUUGUUUCAAUGUAUUCUUGCUCAACUUGUUAUUAGAAAUGCGGUUUCUAAUAAAUUAGUCCCAAUAUUAUUAAAAUCAAUUCGCAAAGUAAAUAAAUAAAUAAAUUGAAUUCACGAUAUGUCAUGGGAAUAUUCAUUAUAUGUGAUAUUCGGUUCGUUUAAAUUCUUAUAUAUUUUAAUAAUAUGAUUAAAUCAUAAUUAUAGUUUUAAUUAGUGUACUAGUCUUUUACCAAUAGUAAGAAACGUGUAUAUUCAUUCAUUCCCUCCUAUACCUUACACAAGAAAUCAGGACAUUGUGCCGUUUGAGCAAAGAUUUAAAUUAAGUAUUGGUAUUUAAAAUACAUAAUAACUUUAAAUAUGUUUUUAAAUGGGAGAAGAAACAUUUGUUGAGGUGUAGGUUUUAAUUAAAUGUAACGUUGAUUUUAGUUUUUCUUAUAUAUUUCUUUAAUUGUAGAUAUCAUUCUCUUGUAUGUUAAUGUGUUUUUAGAAUGUUUUACUAUUUCCCCCAUUGCUAUAAUUUAUGGAUAGACGUUGCUAAUUUGCUGCUAAUUUCAAAAUUUUAUAUUAUUCUUGAGUUAGCCUAAACCAAGCAUUACAACUUUAAAUAUGUGUUUACGAAUAAUAUAUAUUUAUAACAAUUUUGCAAUGGUAUUUACGGCACUCUACAGUUUGGAUAUAUCCGUUGUAGUAAAUAAAUUGUAUGAAAUCAUCAUCUAUUUGUCCAAUUUUUAACACCACGUUAAAAAUUUCUUAUAUUUUUGAAAUAUUUUCGCCGUAGCCGUGGAUAGCCACAUUCAGGAAACAGUUGUUAAACCGGAACGCGAUGUGAACCGUACAACCUAUAUGUUCGUUAUGGUGUACAUGUAAUUUAUUUUACAAAAUUACAAUACGUAGUCGGAGUAUCAACAUUACAUUACACUAGCAGUUACACACGUCUUCGCACGCAAUGCAGUAGGUUUUGCACGUGUAUGAGCACAUGGUUUAAGUGAGUUAUAUUUCUGCCACGAUAAACGUAGUACGUCAAAAAGUGUAUAAUUUAUUACUAUUCUAAUUUAUUUCGGUAUUAAUAUUUGUUUUCAAUACAGAAUUUUGCUUUGUUUUCCGAGUAAGAAAAUAUACAUCAUAGAUCAUAAAAACCUACUUCUUUCAAAAGACAACUAAGAUGGGUUUUAUAACAGUUAUUAAGUUUAUUGUAAAAGUUAGAUAGUAAUUUUGUUUUAAAUCUAUAUCUAAUACAUAUUUGCUAAAAAUGUACAGUGAAAAGUGCAUUAACAUCGACACUAUUUACGUGUUUGUUUUUUAUAAACUGAAAAAUAUUUGUAAUAUUUUAGAACACUUAGACCUACAAUUGGUACAUUAGAUCGAAAGCAUAGUCCAGCAAAAUUUGCUCUAGCAUAUUUCUUGCCGACUGCUUCUAAGAGAGUUUUUGGAGUCAAGUUCUAACUAUUAGGAUUAGAAUGGUAUAUUAGCAAACUAAUAACCUUAUUCAGUGAGUUGUAAGUAUAAAAAUGCAUAUUGAAAACAAAAUGUAAAAUAUUGUGAAGUAUAUAAUAAAGUUUUGUUAUUUAGAAUUUUUAGAUGUAAGUUAAGUGAGGGUGAUGGAAUAAAAAUAUAUAACGCAUAAAUAACCUGCAUUGGUCACGCUGUAGAUUAUUCCAAUUAAUUAGAAAAGGAUGAAUAUUUUAAGUAAAAUAUCUUUUCAGAGAUAAAUUGCAAAGAAAAGGUUACGACAAUA